ACUCGGAUUGAUGAAACUCCAUUUAUUACUUGGCGACACGACAUCGUAUGGUAUAUUAAUCGAUCUAGAAUCUUCCUCUCUAGUAUUUUUAUUUGGUAAGAAGAAGAACUAGAAUAAUCUAGCACUAACCAAAAACCCUAACUAAACCCUCAUAUAUAUACCAAACCCAAUUCUCUUCUCUCUUUCAUUUCCGAUAACUAAUUCUACAUCCUUUUCUUCUCCUCAUGGCUGCUGCCACCGCCUUGCUCCGCUCUCUCCGUCGCCGAGACGUUGCUUCUGCUUCCUUCUCUACUCUUCGUUCGUUGACAGGCAACACUAAGCCUGCAUAUGUAGGUAACAGUUGGUCAAGUUUGUCUCGACCAUUCAGUUCAAGGCCUGCUGGAAAUGAUGUCAUUGGAAUUGAUUUGGGUACAACUAAUUCAUGUGUUUCCGUUAUGGAAGGAAAGAAUCCAAAAGUCAUUGAGAAUUCUGAAGGUGCACGAACUACACCAUCUGUGGUUGCCUUCAACCAGAAAGGGGAGCUGCUUGUGGGCACACCGGCCAAGCGUCAGGCUGUAACAAACCCAACAAACACACUCUCUGGUAUCAAGCGUCUGAUUGGUAGGCGCUUUGAUGAUGCUCAAACCCAAAAAGAGAUGAAGAUGGUUCCUUUCAAGAUUGUUAAGGCUCCAAAUGGAGAUGCGUGGGUUGAAGCUAAUGGGCAGCAGUAUUCCCCUAGCCAAAUUGGUGCUUUUGUUCUCACCAAGAUGAAGGAAACUGCAGAAUCUUAUCUUGGAAAAACACUUACUCAGGCUGUAAUUACUGUUCCGGCUUACUUCAAUGAUGCUCAAAGGCAGGCAACAAAAGAUGCUGGUAGAAUUGCAGGUCUUGAGGUGUUGAGAAUCAUCAAUGAGCCCACUGCUGCUGCGCUGUCAUAUGGGAUGAACAACAAGGAGGGCCUCAUUGCUGUUUUUGACCUUGGUGGUGGAACAUUUGAUGUUUCCAUCUUAGAAAUUUCUAAUGGUGUUUUUGAGGUGAAAGCAACAAAUGGUGACACUUUCUUGGGAGGAGAGGACUUUGACAAUGCCUUAUUAGACUUUCUGGUGAAUGAAUUUAAGAGGACAGAGAGUAUUGACCUUUCUAAGGAUAAACUUGCCUUGCAAAGGCUUCGCGAAGCUGCUGAGAAAGCUAAGAUAGAAUUGUCCUCUACAUCUCAGACAGAGAUAAACCUUCCUUUCAUCACUGCUGAUGCAUCUGGUGCUAAACAUUUGAACAUAACAUUGACUAGAUCUAAGUUUGAGGCUCUAGUAAAUGACUUGAUUGAAAGGACUAGGGCUCCAUGUCUGAGCUGUUUGAAGGAUGCAAACAUAUCUACCAAGGAUGUUGAUGAAGUUCUUCUUGUUGGAGGGAUGACCCGGGUUCCUAAAGUCCAAGAGGUGGUUUCAGCGAUCUUUGGAAAGUCUCCCAGUAAAGGAGUAAAUCCUGACGAGGCAGUUGCCAUGGGGGCAGCACUCCAGGGUGGUAUCCUAAGGGGUGAUGUUAAAGAGCUACUGCUCUUGGAUGUAACACCACUCUCUCUAGGUAUUGAGACUCUGGGUGGCAUCUUUACCAGGUUAAUCAACCGUAACACUACUAUUCCUACCAAAAAAAGUCAGGUCUUUUCAACAGCAGCUGACAAUCAAACACAAGUAGGUAUUAAAGUGUUACAGGGUGAGCGUCAAAUGGCUUCGGACAACAAAAUGCUUGGAGAAUUUGAGCUUGUCGGCAUUCCUCCUUCCCCUAGAGGUAUGCCUCAAAUUGAGGUCACCUUUGACAUUGAUGCUAAUGGCAUUGUUACUGUAUCUGCCAAAGACAAAUCCACUGGUAAAGAACAACAAAUCACUAUUAGGUCGUCUGGUGGACUAUCCGACGAUGAGAUCGAAAAGAUGGUGAAAGAAGCAGAACUACAUGCUCAGAAAGACGAAGAACGAAAGGCUUUAAUUGAUGUCAGAAAUAGUGCGGACACGUCCAUCUAUAGCAUUGAGAAGAGUUUGGCUGAAUAUAAAGAAAAGAUUCCUAGUGAAGUGGCCAAGGAGAUCGAAACUGCGGUUUCAGAUUUGAGAAGUGCAAUGGCAGGGGACGACGUGGAUGAAAUUAAGUCCAAGCUAAAUGCUGCCAACAAAGCCGUGUCUAAAAUCGGGGAGCACAUGGGUGGUGGUGGUUCAAGUGGCGGUCCCUCUUCUGGUGGUGGUUCUGAGGGUGGAGACCAGGCUCCUGAGGCAGAAUAUGAAGAGGUGAAGAAGUGAAGACACAACUGUGUCUGUGAUUAUUAUUCAUUGGUUCUUUAGAUAAAAUUAAAUGGUUUUUCUUGUAGUUUAGCAGAAAUAUAAGAUUGCUUAUUCUUGUAUCUAAUGUUGGAGAUCUUUUUUUUGAUGAGAAGCCUUUCGAUUUGUAGUGUUUUGGAAGAACCGAAGUACACUACUCGAAUAACCAAUCAUAAUUUUUGCAGUGGCUUGUUUAUUCUUAA